CCGCAGGCUGGGCCUUUCCGAUGAUUUCAAAUAGAAGAUCCGAGCGAUUGAUGGCUGAGAGCGGCAAGUUGGAUUGAUCUGAAAGACGCAGCAACGAUGGUGCUGCACGUCAUUGGUUUGGGCCUCGGUGACGAGAAGGACGUGACAAUCAAGGGGCUGGAGAAGAUCAAAGCCGCCGACUUCGUUUAUCUCGAGAUCUACACGGCCGUCCUGGGCGUCAAGAAGGAAACGCUGGUCAGUUCAUUGGAAAGAGAUCGACGAACAGACCAACAGCCACCGUGCAAUGACAGGUCUGACGGCACCAUGGCCUGUGUGAUGUGUCAGGAAGCUUAUUAUGGCCAGCCCAUCAUCGAGGCGGACCGCACGUUGGUCGAGUCAGGCUGUGAGGAGAUGCUGCAGCGGGCCAAGGAGCACCGUGUGGCGUUCCUCGUCGUCGGAGACCCUUUCUGGUGAGAGAGGAGCAGCCGAGUAGCGCUCUGAUUUUGAUUGCUGGUGUGUGGUGUGUGGUGUGUGGUGUGUGGUGUGUGGUGUGCAGUGCGACGACACACAGUGACCUGAUGCUGCGGGCCAAGGAGAUGGAUGUCCGUGUGGACGUGGUCCAUAAUGCCUCGAUCAUGAAUGCUGUGGGCAUAUGCGGCCUCCAGGUCAGACCCAGUCGAUGAGCGGCACACGAAUGACGAGCAGCGUUCGGCGCUGUUGCCCCCCUCUCCUCUCCCUCUCCCUCUGUGGCAUGGCAGAUGUAUCGGUUCGGUGAGACUGUGUCGAUUCCCUUCUUUGAGGACAGCUGGCGGCCCGAGAGCUUCUAUGACAAGAUGGUGGCCAACCAGCGGAUGGGGCUGCACACCCUGUGCCUCCUCGACAUCAAGGUCAAGGAGCAGACACUCCAAAACAUGCUCAGGUGCGGGUGGCCGUCACACUCAAACGACUAUAUCUCGUCACCUCUUCUGUCAGGGGCAAUCAGAUCUUCGAGGCGCCAAGGUGGGCUGCAAGCAAGCCAGGCAGCCAGGAGGCACAUGGGGAAAUGUGUGUAUGCCCGGCCGUACCUUCCUUGCUCCAGGUUCAUGACGGUCAACCAGGCUGUCGAUGAGAUCCUGGAGGUGCAUGAGAAGAGGCAGGAGCUGGCCCAGCCGGUGCGCGGAUUUGGGCUUGCGAGGCUCGGCAGUGAUUCGCAGAUGAUUGCUGCCGGUGGGUGCGAGGGAAAGCCAUCGGGGCCUGCGCCGUGGAAGGCUGUCUGGUCUUGUGUGUGGUGUGGUGUGGCGUGCAGGCACCUUUGAAGAGCUGCGGACGUUUGAUUUUGGAGGACCCCUUCACUCCCUGGUGGGCAGUGGGACAUUCAUGUGCCUCGUCUUUGUGCAUGUGUGUCAUUCAUAUGUGGUGUGUCAGGUGCUGUGCUGUCCUGAUACUUCGUUGCAUGAGCUUGAGAUGCAGUUUUUUGACUUCUUUCGGACGCACCACUCGCUGGCGGGCUGACUGAAUCCGUUUCGUGAUAA